AUGCGGAUUUGCUGCGAUUCUCAAAGUUCAUCUGUCCAGGUUGUAUUUCCAGAGAAAAUCCAAACAAAUACAAGUGAUAAUUCAGAAGUAGAAAAUAAACAGAUAUCCUAUAUUAUUCCAAUAGAUGAGAAACCAUAUAUUGUGCACUUGAAGCAAAGCCUUUUUUUAGCUGAUAAUUUUAUGGUUUAUUUGUAUAAUCAAGGAUCUGUGAAUUCUCAUUCUUCAAAUAUUGAGACUCAGUGCUACUACCAAGGAUCUGUUGAGGGAUAUCCGAAUUCUAUUGUCACGUUAAGCACGUGCUUGGGACUGAGAGGAAUACUGCAAUUUGAAAAUGUUUCUUAUGGAAUUGAGCCUCUGGAAACUGAUGUCGAAUUUCACCAUAUUCUUUAUAAAUUAAGGAAUGAAAACAUUAAAUUUGCUGUUCAUACUGAAAAUAACCGUGACAUAGGACAAAACCCAAUGGACUAUAACAUUUUCGUAAAUGAAAAAUCAGAAUCAGCUGUUCCAGACUUAAUUCCUCUUUAUCUAGAAAUGCUUAUUGUGGUGGACAAAGUUUUGUAUGAUUACUUGGGCUCUGAUAGCAUGAUAGUGACAAAUAAAGUCAUCGAAAUUAUUGGCCUUGUAAAUUCGGCAUUUGCCCAACUUAAAGUUACUAUUGUGCUGUCAUCAUUGGAGUUGUGGUCAGAUAAAAAUAAGAUUUCUACAGUUGGUGAGGAAGAUGAAUUAUUGCAUAGAUUUUUAGAAUGGAAAAAAUCUCAUCUUACCCUAAGGCCUCAUGAUGUUGCAUAUCUAUUCAUCUAUAGAGAUUACCCAGAUUAUGUGGGAGCAACGUUUCCUGGAAAGAUGUGUAUUACUAAUUAUUCUGCAGGGAUUGUUUUGUAUUCAGAGGAGGUAACUUUGGAGGCAUUUUCAGUAGUUGUCACCCAAAUGCUGGGACUCAGUCUGGGAAUAUCAUAUGAUGACCCAAAGAAAUGUAAAUGUUCAGGAGCCAUCUGUAUGAUGAAUCCAGAAGCUACGCAAUCCAGUGGUGUGAAGACUUUCAGCACUUGCAGUUUGACUGACUUGAAAAAUUUCAUUUCAAAUAUGGGUGCCAAGUGUCUUCAGAAUAAACCACAACUGCAAGCGUCUCAAGCAGCAAUCUGUGGCAAUGGCAGAGUGGAGAGCCCCGAAGUUUGUGACUGUGGGACUGAGGAACAAUGCGGGCCAGCCAGCUGCUGCGACCCUGUGCGCUGCGUGCUGAAGCCCGAGUCGGAGUGUGACAGAGGGCUGUGCUGCCACAACUGUAAAUUUGCAAGUGCAGGUACCGUAUGUAGGCCCACUGCGCAUCCAGAGUGCGAUCUUCCUGAAUCUUGUAAUGGAAGCUCAGGAGAAUGUGCUCCUGAUGUGACUAUACUCAAUGGACGUUUAUGUAAAAACAAAUUUAUUUGUUAUGAUGGAGACUGCCAUGAUCUUGAUGCACGUUGUGAAUCCAUAUUUGGAAAAGGUUCAUCAAAUGCUCCAUUUGCCUGCUAUGAAGAAAUACAAUCUCAAAUUGAUAGGUUUGGGAACUGCGGUAAGGAGAGAGGCCAAUAUCGUUUCUGUCCCUGGAGGAAUCUUAUAUGUGGAAGAUUGAUUUGUACUUACCCUACUCGAACUCCUUUCCAUAAAGAUAAUGUUGCUGUGCUUUAUGCUUAUGUACGAAAUGUUGUAUGUAUAACUCUAGACUAUAGUAUUCAUGGCUCAACCACAGACCCAAUGGUGGUCAAGAAUGGCUCUGAAUGUGAUAAAGGGAGGGUUUGUGUAAAUCGUGAAUGUGUAGAAUCUAGGAUACUUAAGAGUGAAUUCCAUCAUUGUUCAGCAAGGUGCAGUGGGCAUGGAGUGUGCACUUCCCAGCAGCAAUGCCUCUGUGAUAGCGGCUGGAGCAGCGCGCGCUGUGACCGGCAGUCCAGAGACGCGCACGGGGACAGGGCAGGUUUAAUCAUGAAAAGAGCUUUUUGGGAAUCUGAAAAGAACCGGUGGCUUCUAGGUUUCUACAUUGCUUUACCUGUUCUCAUCAUAGCAACAAUAAUAGCUAUUUCAAGGAAUCGUUUGAAAAAGUGGUUCACCAAGGAAGAGGAAUCCCUAAGUAGCAAGUAA